UUUAAUUCAUAGGGGAAAAGCAAUAAAAAAUAUUGGGAUUCUACCAAUUCCCUCAAAACUACCCAAUCAGUUGUCCUGUCUCUAGGGUCAGCAGCCUUUGAAGCAUGAGUUCCUACCAGCAGAAGCAGCCCUUUGUCGCACCUCCUCAGCUUCAACAGCAUCAAGUGAAGCAACCUUGUCAGCCUCCACCACAAGGACAAUUUGUUCCCAUAACCACCACGGAACCAUGCUGCACAGAUGUUCCACAACCAGGAAACACCAAGAUUUCAGAGCCAUGCAACACCAAAUUGCCUGAGCCAAGCUACAAGGCUGUCCUUGGGCCAGAUUAUACCACAAUGCCUGGGCCAUGCUCUACCAACAUCCCUGAGCCAGAUUAUACCACAAUGCCUGGACCAUGCUCUACCAACAUCUCUGAGCCAGAUUGUACCACGGUUCCGGGGCCAUGUUCUACCAAAGCCACUGAAAUAGAUUAUACAACAAUUCCGGGGCCAUGCUCUACCAACAUCCCUGAACCUGGACCAGCUUGCACCAUGGUUCCUGCACCAUGUUCUACCAACAUCCCUGAACCUGGGCCAGCUUGCACCAUGGUUCCUGGGCCAUGCUCUACCAACAUCCCUGGACCUGGGCCAGCUUGCACCAUGUUUCCUGAGCCAUGUACCACCAAUAACCCUGACACAGGUCAUACCAUGAUUCCUGGGCCAUGCUCUAUCAAUGUUUCUGAACCUGGCUAUGUGAACACUUCAGAGCCCAACUAUACCAAGGUCCCUGAUCAGGGCUACACCAAGGUACCAGAGCCAUGCCAGUCCAAGGUUACUGAGGUGUACCCUACAAAUGUCACUCCAGAGCUAACUCAGCAGAAGACGAAGUAGAAGUAACAUAGUCCAUAGCCAGUCAGGUCCUUGAAGAGCCAACCACCUGAUCCUGAACCCCUUCCUGUCUGUUUCUGUCCCCAUUGUCUAGGGACCAGGUAGCAAUAUUUUGCCGCACUCUCUAUUGCACUCUAAAAAUGUGUGUCGUAGUGUCUUCCUCCAAGCCCUCCAAGAUGUCUUUAGAGCCUCCGAGUUAAGCAGAAUGUCUCAGUGCCUUAAAUGCUCUUCGAUUCCUCAGGAGCUUCUCUGAAGCAGAACUCUAUGGGAUUGUCUAUGGGAAAAAAAUGCAUCUUUUCUGCUUUGCCCCAUUAAAUUGCUUUU